AUGCUCCUGUGUGUGAGUGCAGACAGAGUCCGCCUCUUCCUAAUGAUGAGAAGGAAGAGAGAGGAGGAAUAGAGGCAGAGCUCAGACUGAUUACACCCCACAGUCACCUACACAUCCUCCAGGCAGCAGCAGUAUCCUCAUUGCUUAGCAUCCUCCUGCUACUGCUGCAGGUAGUCACACAGGAGCCCAGCACUGUAGACAGGUCAAGCACUCAAGAUGGCAGGUGUCCUGGUUUGGUUUUGGAAUGAGAGAUUUUGGCUGCCUCACAAUGUAACCUGGGCAGAUCUGAAGAACACAGAGGAAGCUACUUUCCCCCAAGCUGAGGACCUGUACUUGGCCCUACCUCUGGCAUUCUGCAUAUUUAUGAUACGCUUGUUCUUUGAGAGGUUUAUAGCUAAGCCAUGUGCGUUAGCACUGAAAAUACAAGCCAGUGGCCCACAGAAAGCCCAGCACAAUGCAAUUCUGGAAAAAGUCUUCACUGCUAUCACAAAGCAUCCUGAUGAAAAGAGACUAGAGGGGCUUUCGAAGCAACUCGACUGGGAUGUGCGCAGCAUUCAACGCUGGUUUCGGCAGAGGAGGAAUCAGGAAAAGCCGAGUAUUCUAACUCGUUUUUGCGAGAGCAUGUGGAUAUUUACAUUUAACCUUUAUAUAUUUACAUAUGGGAUCCGAUACCUAAAAAAGACUCCAUGGCUCUGGAACACAAGACAGUGUUGGUACAAUUAUCCUUAUCAGCAACUAACAGCUGAUCUGCAUUACUACUACAUUGUCGAGUUGUCUUUCUACUGGUCUUUGAUGUUUUCUCAAUUCACAGACAUCAAACAAAAGGACUUCUGCAUCAUGUUUCUUCAUCAUCUUGCAACAGUAUCUCUCAUUACAUUCUCAUAUGUAAACAACAUGGUACGAGUAGGUACCUUGGUGAUGUGCCUUCAUGACGUGGCGGAUGUUCUGCUAGAGGCUGCCAAAAUGGCAAGUUAUUCCAAGUGUCAAAAACUGUGCGACCUCCUGUUUGUCAUGUUUGCUCUGGUGUUCGUAAUUGCUAGGCUUGGUCUAUUCCCUUUAUGGAUACUAAACACCACGCUGUUUGAAAGCUGGGAAAUUGUGGGUCCUUAUCCUUCCUGGUGGGUCUUUAAUCUCCUGCUGUUACUACUUCAAUCUUUGCAUCUAUUCUGGUCUUACUUAAUAAUCAAGAUCGCCUGCAAAGCCAUCUCAAAAGGCAAGACUGGAAAAUGGAAUCCUUUGCAUGUGUCACAGGAUGACGGAAGUGAUAUUGAAUCCAGCUCAGAUGAGGAAGAUUCAGUACCACGUGCACAAAAAACAUACAAUGCCAGCACUAAUGGCGUCAACACUUCAAAUGGAAUAAAUGGGCAUCUCAUUAGUGCCAACUCAGAUGAACAUUAGUUCCCAGAAUAAGAAAAAAUCUACAAUGGAACAAUGAACUGUUUGCUACUGGAAAUUUCUAGUAACUUGUGAAUGAAGUCUCUCCACAUAUUGCUGCGUCAGAAACCAAUGUAACCAUCCGAAUAGUGCACUAUAUAUAUUUUUUAAUUAUUGUUGUGAAUGAUGAAGGGAAAACCAAUCAAUGUGUGUGGGCAUGCUUUAUGGUUUAGUAUUUUCUGCCAAUGAAUCAGUAUUUUCAUAAGCUUGAAUGUUCUCUAUUUUUAUAUUUGUUUUAAAUCUCUGAGUGAAAAGCUAUAUAAUUUCCAUUUCUUCUUUAUUUCUCAGUAAUGACAGUGAUCAAGCUCUACAAAGGUACUGAUUCAGACAGUAUUCAUGAUCAUUUAUCUAAUUAGUUUUCAUAAGAAAUAUAUGGUUAACUCCAGCAAGUUUGGUUUGUGUACCCAUAGCAAAAACACAGUGGUGGCAGCCAUUUUGUGUGCUGAAGUAAUUGCCAGACUGUCAAUUUACUAUGAUCUAGUGACAUCACUGAGGCAGUGAUGUCACUAAUUCCUAGUCACAUGAAAGGCUGAAUUCUCAUGAACGUUGGUUCAGCCCACAAAAUGGCUGACACCACUAAAUGUAUCUGACAUACUAACAUGAAAUUCAUUUCAAAAUAAAAGCAGAAGCAAAUGCCAUUCCAAUAUUUUAUUGAAACCAUAUUUAAUAUUAUGUUAUAAUCAUAAGCAGUAUUCAGGAAAAAUAUCUGGAAAAAACUGUUUGUAUCAGAUGCUAUUAAAUAUGUUAGUGCACAUAAUGCUUGCAAGAGAAAGCAAAAUUUAGUCCUCUUUGUUCCAGUAAUCUACACAUGGGUAUUUAAAGUGUAUGAUGUCAUUCAUUCUUUCUUAUAGCAAUAAGAUAUUGUAUUAUAUUGUACCAAUAAUGUAAAACUCAGGGGGUGUAACAAUGGCAUUAUCUGGUCAAUUCCCCUAAAUAAUAUGUAUAGGAGUAACAAAUAAAAUGAUGUUCUCCUUUAAAAGUC